UGACUCAUAUCGAGAUGAAUCCACCGUCAUCCCUCUCGCACACAACAUCACCCUUUAAAAAGGACCCAACUCUCCCUUCGCUUUAGAACCCAAGGACCCUCUCACGCGUCCACCGUACAGCGCUGACAUCCAUGUUAUUCCUCUCAUCACUUUAUAUUCGUUCCUUUUUUUUAAUUGAUACGGCACCUUGUGUGCUCCUGUCUUCUAAAUGUUCACGCGUCCUUCCUCUCCUCUGCUCUCCACCCUCCUCCUCCUCGCCACCCUCCUCCACAUCGGCCUCUCCUUCUACGUCCCCGACUCCGGCCCCCUGCUGUGGCUGGGCGACCAGGUCAGGGAGAGACACCUCUACACAGAGAGCCACCGGAGGGGGCUGUUCCUGGAGAUGAGCCCGGACGGUCAGGUGACAGGAAGUGCUGCUCAGACGCCGCUCAGUGUUCUGGAGCUGAGGUCGGUCAGAGCAGGAGAUACGGUCAUCAGAGCGCGCCUCUCCUCUCUCUACCUGUGUGUGGACAGGGCAGGUCACCUGACAGGACAGAGACAGUACACAGAGUCCGACUGCACCUUCAGAGAGGUCAUCCUUGAGGACGGCUACACCCACUUCCUGUCCGUGCACCACGGACUUCCUAUUUCGCUGGCGCCGAGACACUCCCCAGGGAGACAGGGGCUGCGCUUCAGCAGGUUCCUCCCGCUGAGGAGCAGUCUGUCAGAGGAUAGGGUCGCCGAGGCCCCCCAGACAGCCCAGGCCCUGAACCUGGACUCUGAAGACCCCCUGGGGAUGGGUCUGGGUUCGCUCCUCAGCCCGGCCUUCUCCAUGGACACCUAAACACCAAAGCCAGGCCCCCAACUGUUCAAAAAGUGUUUUUUUUUUGUGUUCGAUGCUGACAUUGGUACAGGACCUACUUCCUAAUACUUGAAUUAAAUUAUUCAGGAUUAUUUUUAUGAGAAAUAAUUUAUAGAAUUACACAUAUUUAUGUUUAUUUUUCUAUUUUUCUAUUCUACAUUAUUGGCGAUUGAAUGUAUUUCUGAUUUUGUAAGAAAUGUUUUUUUCUCUGUUUGCUUUUGUUUUUGUUUUUAAAGAUAA